AUGCCACUCUUCCCCACUCCACUCCGAGCCCUGUUCUCCCCCGGCACCGCCGCCUCCUCCACCUCCGCGCUGCCGCCGCCCCGUCGACCGCCGCUCGCGGGAGCCCUCCUCUUCCUCAGCCUAGGAGCCGUAGCGGGUUGCGCCCUCUCCACCCGCCGUCUCCCCUUCCUCCGGGCAAUAAGCUCUGCUCGAAUGGAGUCUACUUCCACGACCGUACCUUCCAUUGUUGUGUAUGUGACAGUUCCGAAUCGGGAAGCAGGCAAAAAGCUAUCAGCAAGCAUUAUCAGUGAGAAGCUUGCUGCUUGUGUGAACAUAGUGCCUGGAAUUGAAUCUGUUUACUGGUGGGAGGAAAAGGUGCAAACCGAUGCUGAAGAGCUGCUCAUCAUCAAGACCAGAGAAUCUCUUCUAAACGCCUUGACUGAACAUGUGAAAGCAAACCAUGAGUAUGAUGUUCCUGAAGUCAUCGCGCUGCCCAUCAGCGGAGGUAACCUCAAGUACCUGGAGUGGCUCAAGAACAGCACCAGGGAGAAGUGA